AUUUUAAAGAUUUAGAUGAAAAGGCUUGGAGAAAGAAAACAAAAGAAUUGAUCGAAAAAUCUAUUUUAGCAAAAAGUGGAACUCAAAAAUAUCGAUAUAUACAAGUUUAUGAUCAUAUAGUUGAUUUAGUUAAAUUAUUUAAUGGUGAAGGAAUUCCUAUAGAAGUUUGGAUUCUUGAAUUGA